AUCAAUGUAUUCCAAAACCCGUUACAAUUUUUAAAAUACGGGUAGCAAUAUUAAUAAUCUUGAAGGUCGGAUAAGGCUCUUAGAUCAGUAUUUAAAGCAGGGGCGAGAACAACGUUGCAUCAGUUGUGUCUCAAAUAAUCAACCAACAUGAACUCCAUGAUUGCUCUCACCUUUGUCGCCUUGGUAGCUUCCGCAUCUGCUAGCGGCCUAGGCUUAGGCUUAGGAUUAGGUUUGGGCGGAUGGGGAAACCCAGGCCUCCUCGCCGCUCGCGCUCUUAGCCCAAUUGGACCCUCUGGUGUCGUCACAGGAGCUGGUGCCGCCGGUCCCUCUGGAGUAGUAACUGGAGCUGGAGCUGCUGGACCCGCUGGAAUAGUCACCGGACGUGGAGCUGUAGGACCAACUGGUCCCAAUGUAGGUGGUAUCUUAGCUGGACCUGGUGCCUUAGGUUUGGGAUUGGGCGUUCCUGGCAUUGGUCUUGGCGCAGUAGGUCCUGCUGGAGUCGUUCCCGGAGCCUUGGGUUUGGGAUGGGGUCUUGGUGGCCACGGGCCCUCUGGAGUCGUCACCGGUGCCGGCGCAGCUGGUCCAUCUGGAGUCGUUACUGGAGCUGGAACUGCUGGACCUGUUGGCAUAGUUACCGGACGUGGAGCUAUUGGACCAAACGGACCUAACGGAGUUGGUGUCUGGGGAGCUCCCGCUUUAGGAGGAUGGGGCGCUGGACGAUGGGGACACUAAUAGAAAAAUUAAUUAACCAAUUGUUAUGUUUGUAUAAAAUGAAAUGCUGUGAAAACUAUUAAUACAUAUUGUAUCUUUAUAAUUAUACUUCGUUUACUUAU